AUGGCGCUUGAAGAGGACCUGAACGGAAGAGCAGACAAGAACUCGAAGAUGGGCAAAAAGAGUCAAAAGGAGAAGAAAGAAAAGAAACCGACCGUUGGCAUAUUUGGGAUGUUUCGCUAUGCGGAUUGGCUGGACAAGCUCUACAUGGCCCUGGGAACGCUAGCUGCUGUCAUCCAUGGGACUGCACUUCCCCUCUUGAUGCUGGUGUUUGGUCACAUGACAGAUAGUUUUACAAAAGCAGAAACCGGUAUUCCAUCAAACAUUACUAAUCAAAGUGAAGUCAACAGUACAGAGAAUGUCAGCAGCAACCACCUGGAGGAAGAUAUGGCCACGUACGCCUACUAUUACACGGGGAUUGGUGCUGGUGUGCUCAUAGUUGCCUACAUUCAGGUUUCAUUUUGGUGCCUGGCGGCUGGAAGACAAAUACACAAAAUUAGACAGAAGUUUUUCCAUGCGAUUAUGAAUCAGGAGAUAGGCUGGUUUGACGUGCAUGACGUUGGGGAGCUCAACACCCGGCUCGCAGAUGAUGUCUUCAAAAUUAAUGAAGGAAUUGGUGAUAAAAUUGGAAUGUUUUUUCAUUCCAUAACAUCAUUUUUAGCUGGUUUCAUAGUAGGAUUUAUCCGUGGUUGGAAGUUAACCCUUGUAAUUUUGGCUGUCACCCCUCUUAUUGGACUGUCAUCUGCUAUGUGGGCCAAGGUAAUGACUUCAUUCACUAAUAAGGAACUCCUGGCUUAUGCGAAAGCUGGAGCAGUUGCCGAAGAAGUCUUGGCUGCCAUCAGAACUGUGAUUGCAUUUGGAGGACAAAAGAAAGAACUUGAAAGGUACAAUAAAAAUUUAGAAGAAGCUAAAAAUGUUGGAAUAAAAAAAGCUAUCACAGGUGGCAUUUCCAUAGGUAUUGCCUACCUAUUGGUCUAUGCAUCAUACGCACUAGCAUUCUGGUACGGGACCUCUUUGGUCCUCUCAAAUGAGUACUCUGUUGGACAAGUGAUUACCGUCUUCUACUCUAUAUUAUUUGGGACUUUCAGUAUUGGACAUAUUGCCCCUAACGUAGAAGCCUUUGCAAAUGCAAGAGGGGCCGCCUAUGAAAUCUUCAAGAUAAUUGAUAACGAGCCAAGCAUUGACAGCUUCUCAACAAAGGGACAUAAACCAGACAGUAUAAUGGGAAAUUUAGAAUUUAAAAAUGUUCACUUCAGCUACCCAUCUCGAAGUGGAGUUAAGAUCUUGAAGGGCCUCAACCUGAAGGUGCAGAGCGGACAGACCGUGGCCCUGGUCGGCAACAGUGGCUGUGGGAAGAGCACCACUGUCCAGCUGCUGCAGAGGCUCUACGACCCCACGGAGGGCGUGGUCAGUAUCGACGGCCAGGACAUCAGGACCAUCAAUGUGAGGUACCUGCGGGAAAUCAUCGGCGUGGUGAGUCAGGAACCAGUGUUGUUUGCCACCACGAUCGCUGAAAACAUUCGCUAUGGCCGAGAGAACGUCACCAUGGAUGAGAUCGAGAGAGCAGUCAAGGAAGCCAACGCCUAUGACUUCAUCAUGAAACUGCCCCACAAAUUUGACACCCUGGUUGGUGAGAGAGGGGCACAGCUGAGUGGGGGACAGAAACAGAGAAUCGCCAUUGCUCGUGCCCUGAUCCGCAACCCCAAGAUCCUUUUGUUGGAUGAGGCGACGUCAGCCUUGGACACAGAAAGUGAAGCUGUGGUUCAGGCUGCUCUGGAUAAGGCUCGGGAAGGCCGGACCACCAUUGUGAUAGCUCACCGCUUGUCUACAGUUCGCAACGCUGAUGUCAUUGCUGGCUUUGAUGGUGGUGUCAUUGUGGAGCAAGGAAAUCACGAUGAGCUCAUGAAAGAGAAGGGCAUUUACUUCAAACUUGUCAUGACACAGACUACAGGAAAUGAGAUUAAAAUGAAAAAUGAAGCUUAUGAAUCCCAAAGUGACACUGGUGCCCCUGAAUUGGCUUCACACGAAUCCACAUCCCCUUUAAUACGGAAAUGUAGCUACGGUCCACAAGACCAAGAGAGAAGAGUUAGUGCGAAGGAGGCCCAGGAGGAAGAUGUGCCUCUUGUUUCCUUCUGGCGGAUCCUAAAGCUGAACAUAACUGAAUGGCCUUACUUAGUCGUUGGUGUGUUUUGUGCUGUUAUAAGCGGAUGCAUGCAACCAGUGUUCGCCAUAGUAUUUUCAAGGAUUAUAGGGGUUUUCACAAGAGAUGAUGACCCCGAAACCAAACAACAGAAUUGUAAUUUGUUUUCACUGCUUUUUCUGGUCAUGGGAAUGAUUUGUUUUGUUACAUAUUUCUUUCAGGGCUUCACGUUUGGCAAAGCUGGAGAGAUCCUCACCAAGCGACUCCGAUACAAUGUUUUCAAGUCCAUGCUGAGACAGGACAUGAGCUGGUUCGAUGACCAUAAGAACAGCACUGGCGCACUGACCACCAGGCUCGCCAGUGAUGCUGCUGAUGUGAAAGGGGCUAUGGGUUCCAGGCUUGCUGUAACUACCCAGAAUGUAGCAAAUCUGGGGACAGGAGUUAUCAUAUCUUUAAUCUACGGCUGGCAGUUAACACUUUUACUCGUGGUGAUUGUACCCCUCAUUAUUUUGGGUGGCAUUAUGGAAAUGAAACUCUUGUCUAGUCAAGCUCUAAAAGACAAGAAAGAACUGGAGGUUUCUGGGAAGAUCGCUACUGAAGCCAUAGAGAACUUCCGCACUGUCGUCUCUUUGACUCGGGAGCAGAAGUUUGAAGACAUGUAUGCUCAGAGCUUGCAGAUACCAUACAAAAAUGCUUUGAGGAAAGCUCACAUCUUUGGGAUCACGUUCUCCUUCACCCAGGCCAUGAUGUAUUUUUCCUAUGCUGCGUGUUUCCGGCUUGGUGCCUACUUGGUGGCUCAUGAACUGAUGACUUUUGAAAAUGUUAUGCUGGUAUUUUCAGCUGUUGUCUUUGGUGCCAUGGCGGCAGGAAGUGCCAGUUCAUUUGCUCCUGACUACGCCAAAGCCAAAGUGGCGGCAUCGCAUAUCAUCAUGAUCAUUGAGAAAGUUCCUGAGAUUGACAGCUACGGCACUGAAGGCCUGAAGCCGAAUUGGUUAGAAGGAAAUGUGAAAUUUAAUGACGUCAUGUUCAACUAUCCCACCCGACCCGACAUCCCAGUGCUUCAGGGGCUGAGCCUGGAGGUGAAGAAGGGCCAGACGCUGGCCCUGGUGGGCAGCAGCGGCUGCGGGAAGAGCACAGUGGUCCAGCUGCUGGAGCGAUUCUACGACCCCAGGGCCGGGACAGUGUUUCUCGAUGGCAAAGAAGCAAAGCAACUGAACGUGCAGUGGCUCCGAGCACACCUAGGCAUUGUGUCCCAGGAGCCCAUCCUAUUUGACUGCAGCAUCGCCGAGAACAUCGCCUAUGGAGACAACAGCCGGGUCGUGUCCCAGGAUGAGAUUGAGAGGGCGGCCAAGGAGGCCAACAUCCACCAUUUCAUCGAGUCACUGCCUGACAAAUACAGCACCAGAGUAGGAGACAAAGGGACUCAGCUGUCGGGUGGGCAGAAGCAGCGCAUCGCCAUAGCGCGCGCCCUCGUCAGACAGCCUCGCAUUUUGCUUCUGGAUGAAGCAACCUCGGCUCUGGAUACGGAGAGCGAAAAGGUGGUCCAGGAAGCCCUGGACAAAGCCAGGGAAGGCCGUACCUGCAUCGUGAUCGCUCACCGCCUGUCCACCGUCCAGAACGCGGACUUGAUCGUGGUGAUUCAGAACGGCAAGGUCAAGGAGCAGGGCACCCACCAGCAGCUGCUGGUGCAGAAAGGCAUCUAUUUCUCAAUGGUCCAAACCGGAGCAAAGCGCUCGGGAGCUGUGACUGCUUGAAAUAUGAAAUAUUUUUAAUGCUGGUGUUUAAAUAUGGCACCUAACCAAAGUUAAAAAGGUGAAUGAUGUUAACGGUAAUUUCAUUGAGAUGAGUCUUUGGAAGCUUUGUAAUUAAAUGAACUGAAAUUGAAAAAAAUGUCAUUGAAUGGAGGCAGUGUUUUUAAUUGUAUUAUGUGAUCCAUAAGAGAGUUUAAAGAUUAUUUAAAUAAAAUUUGUUAUGAUUUAAUUUUUAAUUUCAAUCCUAAUUUGUUUAUUGAUUAUAAAAGUUGUAAAAAGUACUGAAAUAUUCCAG